CCGUCUGCGCUGUUUUCAAUUGUUAUUCUAUGUAAACAUGCGGUAUAUGCAGGUCUUUGACCGCGUCUCGCGCAGGUGUAUUUAGAAGCUGUGUCAAGUGGCAACUUUUAACAACACGUCCCGGGACACUUAGCUUCUUUUUUUAGCAGAAAUCUAGCUUGUGCUGAACCGCCCGUAACACGCGCAGCGCCACCGGCACCACCUGUUCAACCGCUCCUGAAGAUCCGCUCAAGUCACGGUCGAUCGGAAAGUGUUUUAUUCCUGACUGGAUGAGCGUCAGUUUGUUGGUUCAACCCAUUAUUCCCUGAAUAAUUCCUAGAUUUCACUGAUGGAAUGACACCUAUUGCUCAAUAGCAAGGAAACUACACACUCCAGGAAUCGAAUAAAAGGAGCUCAAUAUGGAUGACAGCGGUCAGAAUGAGUCAAAUGUGAAAGUGGCAGUCCGGGUUCGACCCAUAAACAGGAGAGAGAGGGACUUAAAGACCAAAUGUGUUUUGGACAUGGAGGCAAACCAAACCGUGCUGCAUCCAGCAAGUGGAAACCUGGGAAAGAGUGACAGCAGGAGCAAACCAAAGGUCUUUGCAUAUGAUUAUUGCUUCUGGUCUAUGGACGAGACCGAGGUGUCCAAGUUUGCAGGUCAGGAUGUGGUGUUUCAGUGUCUUGGGGAGAGUCUUUUGGACAGCGCUUUCCAGGGAUAUAACGCCUGCAUAUUUGCAUAUGGCCAAACAGGCUCUGGAAAGUCGUACACGAUGAUGGGCACCUCGGAACAGCCCGGUCUGAUUCCUCGUCUCUGCAGUUCUCUGUUUGAACGCACCGUACGAGAGCAGAGAGAGGGGGAGAGCUUCACCAUCGAGGUCUCCUACAUGGAGAUCUACAACGAGAAGGUGCGAGACCUUCUAGAUCCCAAAGGGAGUCGACAGGUGUUGAGGGUCCGAGAGCAUAAUGUGUUGGGACCGUAUGUGGACGGGCUGUCUCGCCUCGCUGUGGCAUGCUACAAGGACAUCGAGUCUCUCAUGUCAGAGGGGAAUAAAUCUCGCACUGUGGCGGCUACGAACAUGAACGAGGAGAGCAGCCGAUCACACGCCGUCUUCAACAUUAUUCUGACUCACACACUCAGAGACCUGAAGACGGGGACGAGUGGAGAGAAAGUGAGUAAACUCAGUCUGGUGGAUCUGGCUGGCAGUGAACGAGCAGAUAAAACUGGAGCUGCAGGAGAGAGACUGAAAGAAGGAAGCAAUAUUAACAGGUCUCUCACCACUCUUGGGUUGGUGAUCUCGGCAUUGGCAGAACAGGGUGCUGGAAAAAAUAAGAGUAAAUUUGUUCCCUACAGAGACUCGGUGCUGACAUGGUUACUGAAGGACAGUUUAGGAGGAAACAGCCGCACAGCUAUGGUUGCUACGGUGAGUCCUGCUGCCGACAACUACGACGAGACUCUCUCCACACUACGAUACGCUGACCGGGCCAAAAGUAUUGUUAAUCACGCUGUGGUUAAUGAAGAUCCGAACGCCAGAAUCAUCCGAGAGCUCCGAGAAGAAGUGGAGAAACUGCGCAGCCAACUGACAGAGGCUGAGUCAAUGAAAGCCCCAGAGCUGAAAGAGAGACUGGAGGAGUCUGAGAAGUUGAUCCAGGAGAUGACAGUCACCUGGGAGGAGAAACUCAGGAUAACAGAGGAGGUUGCACAGGAGCGACAGAAGCAGCUGGAAAGUUUGGGAAUUUCUCUCCAGUCAUCUGGGAUCAGAGUCAUCGAUGAUAAAUGCUUCCUGGUUAAUCUGAACGCAGACCCCGCCCUCAAUGAGCUGCUUGUGUAUUAUUUAAAGGAACACACUCGUGUGGGUUCAGCGGACUCUCAGGACAUUCAGUUGUGUGGUUUGGCAAUUCAACCGGAGCAUUGCAUCAUAGACAUCAAACAAGAGACAGGAGUGACACUCACACCAAAGAGAAACGCCCGUACGUGUGUGAACGGAUCUGUCGUCAUCUCUCCUGUCCAGCUGCAUCAUGGGGAUCGAAUUCUGUGGGGAAACAACCACUUCUUCAGGAUAAACAUCUCUAACGUGUAUCGUGUUGGUCUUGAGGAUGAGGAAGGUGGUGUGAUGAAGGCUGGGCUGAACCCUGAGCAUCUGGAUGUGGGCUGUCUCAGUCACGGCUCCAGUGAAGCCAGUUUCAGUUUUGAAUCCGCACAGACGGAGGUGAUGAUGAAAGCGUUGGGAAACAACGACCCCAUGCAGUCAGUGCUUCAUUCUCUCGAGCGCAGACACGAGGAAGAGAAGCGUUCGGCUUUGGAGCGUCAGCGCUUGAUGUACGAGCAGGAGCUGCAGCAGCUGCGCAAACGUCUGUCGUCAGAGCUGCAGACGAAGGGCUCUCAUCCACAGCACCACCGUAGCAGCGAGCAGCUCAACCUGAGCUUAGUGAACGCCUCUCUCACACAGAGCCGACUGCGGCAGUGGAGCGAAGAGAGGGAGGCAUUGAUGAACCGGAGUCUCCGUAAACUUAAAGAGCAGAUCGUCAGAGCAAAUCUACUGGUGCAGGAAGCUGGAUUCAUCGCUGAGGAACUCAACAAGAAAACUGAAUAUAGAGUCACAUUGCAGAUACCUGCAGCCAACCUCAACGCCAACCGCAAGCGUGAUACGGUUCUGAGUGAACCUGCGGUGGAGGUGAGGAGAAAGGGAAAAGGGAAGCAGAUCUGGGCCAUGGAGAAGAUGGAGAACAGACUGGUGGAUAUGAGAGAACUGUAUCAGGAGUGGAAAGACUACGACGAGGACAACCCUGCCAUGCGUUCAUACUUCAAGCGUGCUGAUCCGUUCUUCGACGAGCAGGAGAAUCACAGUCUUAUAGGUGUGGCAAACAUCUUCCUGUCCUGUCUGUUGUAUGACGUCAAGCUACAGUAUGCAGUACCCAUAAUCAACCAGAAGGGGGAGGUGGCAGGUCGUCUACACGUUGAGGUCGAGCGUUCGAGUGGAGAACUAGAUGAUCACGAGACAGGAGACAGAGACUUUACGAGCUCUCCAGACAGUGAGACACAAGAACGCAAACUUACCUGCAUGAUCACGGUGUUGCAGGCGACAGGACUACCUCAACACCUCUCAAACUUCGUGUUCUGCCAGUAUCAUUUCUGGGAGCAGCAGGAGCCAGUGUUCAUUGCGCCGGAGAUGGAUGUGUCCACCCUCAGCAGCAAAGAGCAUCAGUGCCUCGUGAUGUUUGACAGCUGCAAGAAGUUGGAGGUGAACGUAACAGAAGACUUCCUGGAGUAUCUGAUGGAGGGUGCUGUGGCUAUCGAGGUUUACGGUCACAAACAGGCAAACCCACGCAGAAAUUUGGCUCUGUGGGAUCUGGGAGUGAUUCAAGCCAAGACACGUUCUCUCAGAGAGAGGUGGAGUGAGGUGACCCGCAGACUGGAGCUCUGGGUGAAGAUCCUGGAACUAAAUGAUGCAGGAGAGUUCGUGCCAGUGGAAGUUCAGCCCGCCAAAGAUGUCCACACAGGAGGAAUCUUUCAGCUGAAACAGGGCCAGUCCAGGCGUGUUCAGGUAGAGGUUCGUUCAGUGCAGGAUUCUGGCACGAUGCCCCUGAUCAUGGAGUCUGUGCUGAACAUGUCCAUCGGCAACGUGGAAGUCCAUCAGACUCGAUCCGGCAAAUAUGCAGAGACCCAGAGGGUUGGUGAUAAAGACACGGACAGUUAUCAGGAAGUAGAUUUAGAGAGACUGCGGGCGCAGUGGUUGGCAGCAUUAACUCAACGACAGGAAUAUCUGGACCAACGUCUGGAAAAGCUUGUCAGUAAACAAGAUAAGUCAGAGGAGGAUGUGGAGAGUGAGUCGCAGCUGUUGGAGUGUCGUCUGACGCUGACUGAGGAGAGAAACGCUGUACUGGUGCCAUCUGCUGGUAGCGGUAUACCAGGAGCCCCUGCUGAAUGGGUUCCUGCGUCUGGUAUGGAGACUCACAUCCCUGUCAUCUUCCUGGACCUCAGUGCUGAUGACUUCCAUGAUCAUCUGUCUGCUCCUCUGGCUGGAGGUCUGGAUGCUUUUCUGAACAGAGAGGAUAAGGAUGACUUCCUGGACUUACAAAUAGUCAAACACUAUGAGAAUGAGGUGAAGGCAGAGGGAUCAUGGGACUGUACCGUCCAUGACAGUCCUGAGCUGAAUCGAGCGGCGGGUCAGGAACACAGAGUUUAUCUCACCAUCCGGACAGUCGUUCUGCUCAGUCACCCAACACAAAUGCAGCUGGUCUUGCGCAAACGAAUCUGCGUUAACAUCACCGGACGACAGGGUUUUGCUCAAAGUUUCCUGAAGAGAAUGUCUCAACGCAGCUCAGUUCACAGCUGUGGAGUGACGUUUGAGAUCAUCUCAAAUAUUCCAGGGGACAUUCAGGGCUCAGAAGACCGAGAGAUGCUCGCCCGAAUGGCUGCCAGCACAGAGAAGUCAGGAACCGACAGUGAAGCUGCCAUUGAGAAAUAUCUGAGGAGCGUGUUAGCCGUGGAGAACAUCCUGACGCUGGACCGUCUCAGACAGGAGGUUUCUGUGAGGGAACAUCUCACCGAUAAAGGAAAAAUGCCUAAACGCUGCCUCAGUUCACCCAAUAUACAUCGGCUCUCUGGCAGCAGGAAAGAUCUCUUCACCAGCCAAGAAUCCGAAGAAUACAAAGGUGGUUUGGACAGCCGGCAGGAGAUUUUUAUGCUAACAUCAUCCGCUAAGACACUUUCAGCAUCAUUUCAAAGUCAAAGUCCUGAUACAGGUCUCUCGGGAUUCACUGCGUCUUAUCUCUCCCCAGUUAAAGCACUCGUGUCUCCAGUGCCCAAGAUGUUCAAGUCUUUCUUAUCAAAAAAAGAGGAGAAGAAAGAGCUGCCUACACCUGCUGUCUUUGAGCAGAAUGUGCCACGUAUUAUUGUGCAGUCUGUCAGUCUUGAAGACCUCCGCAGCUGUGAACUGGGCGCUGCUGGAGAGACCCAAGUCUCAGAGAAUGUAGAGGAGGUUCCACCUUCUAUUCUUCCAGAGGUCAAAGAGGUUCUUCCUCGUUCUGUUCCUCCAGAUGUUGAGGAGGUUCAACCUCCUCCUCUUUUUCCAGAGGUCACAGAGGUUCUUCCUCAUUCUGUUCCUCCAGAUGUUCAGGAGGUUCUACUUAGUUCUGUUCCACCAAAUGUUGAGGGGGUUCAACCUCCUCUUUUUCCAGAGGUUGAAGAGGUUCUACUUGGUUCUGUUCCUCCAGAGGUUGAAGACUCCAAGGAAAACCUGGUUGGUGAUUCCACAAACAGCCCCAUCAGUGACGUCUCAAGUGGCUACAUAUCCACGAGCAUCUCCACAGUGACACUCUCUGAGUCUGUUGUCUCGAAUGACAGCAUGGAGGCUGACACUUCCAAUAAGAUUGAACCAAAUACAGACAAUGAGAUACUUCCAACAAGCAGCAAAUCUCCAGAGGAUGAAGCAAAGCUUAAACAUGCAGACCUAGAACAUGAAGAACAGACAUCUACAGUAUGCCAGACAACCGAAGACCAAAGGAGCUCAGAAGAACAUGGUCAAGUGUGAGUCUCUAGAUGAAUCUCCUCAGACACUCCCGGAUGUUUCAGCAACCACACUUCAAGGAACCUCUGAAACCAGCCACUAUACUGAAACAGUCUCUACAUCUGAACAAACCAUGUCUUCAAGCACAUGUUCAGAA